AGACACUACUCCCCACAAUUCAAAUAGUGUUUGUCAUUGUCGAGUUGCAAAAACAACGCAUUCGCGCAUGUUAUCACUUCAUGCAAUUCAUUUUGCCGAUUUUGGCUUUAUUAACCCACUCAACAACCGGCAGCCCACCUCCACAGUUCGAUCAGUGUCUGUCGAUCAAAGGAAUCGGAUUACAAAACUUUAAUAUAUUCACUUCGCCCAAUUUUCCUGAUAGGUACCCUCCGAAUAUUGACUGUGUCCGAGUGAUACAUUCUCGUCCGCAACACGAUGUUGUCGUCAAAUUCCAUCACGUUUUUCAUAUUGAAUCAACAUACGACAAAAUAGACGCUGGCGAGGAGUGCCCGAAUGAUUUUAUUGAAUUUCGUGAUGGCCGAUACGGGUUCUCUCCGCUCAUCGCUCGUUUCUGUGGCGACCGAAUGCCGAAACGAGAAAUUCGAGCAGUUUCGGGUUUCUUAUGGAUCCGUUUUCGGUCAGACUCUAUGCUAGAAUAUCAAGGUUUUUCUGCAGAAUAUGCGAUUGUUCCAAGUAAAACUGGACGAUUUAAUAAUCAUGAAUGUCUUCUAGAAUAUUUAAAUGGAUUGGAUGGAUUUAUCCGAACAAAAGAUCUAAUUUCAAACCUUCCAAGAAAUGCAUCGGGAACCUUGGACUGUGUAUGGCGGUUGGCGGUUCCGAAUAACUUUCGAAUUGCAUUUUACGUAAAGGAAUUCGCGUUGACUGCUCCGAAUCAAUGUGCUCAUAAUUUUGUAGAAGUUUACUCGGGAGACACUUCAAAUAAACCAUUGAGACGAUUCUGUGGUCUUACGGCGAAUGACGUGUUCUCCCCGUCGAAUGAAAUGUUCGUUCGGUUCUAUUUAUCGGAUGUUCGAAGUCUCAACACAACUUCCAUAUCAGCUUUAUUUUCUUCUUAUACGAGAUUGAAAAAUUGCACCCAAGAAGGUCUUUUCGCGUGUGGAGACGAGAAUUGUGUCCCAAAAUCGUUGGCGUGUAACGGGCGGCCCAAUUGCCCGUACGGACGUGACGAACGUGUCUGCUCCGUCGGUCAGGACACGAUUUUCAGCUUUUUGGCAAGCGGAUUUGCUCCGCUUGUUUCGAUUAUUCUUAUUGUGCUCAUUGUGGUCUCACUCAUUUGUUUCUACACUAUACGCAAAAAUAAUUGUGCUCUUCCUCCGAUCCUCUGAUGUCACUGAAAGCUGGUCCAAAAUGAAUAAAUCAUUCAAUCAUUUAUUUUACACGAUAAUAAUAAAACUUAGUUGACU